AUGGUGACUGAUUUAGCAUCUGGUGAAGAAAUACCAUCUGUUAAUGAGAAUUUGCGGAACUUGGCAUAUGGUCCCGAUAAACGAGUUACUCAUUAUGAGCUCGGUGGUCGGGUGGUUGAGAGGUCAGCGUGCCUGGUGGUCGGCCCUAGAAACGGCGAAAUUGGCUCAGCUGCAAGUCGAUGUCGAGGUCCCGACAAGGUGAGGUCGGCUGUUCUGAGGUCGGUCGGAUUCGACAUCGGGAUCGGCUUUGUCGAGGUCGGCUCUUCGAGGUUGGCCAUUGUGGCUGAGGUCGGCCAACGGCAAAUCGGAGAUCCCUAA